GUGCAGCUUUACCGGCCUCAAAGGAAGUUUGAGAGCAAUUAAGGUCUUGAGGAUGAGUCAUACGCUUCGAGUGGCCACCAAUCUCUUUCAGAGCAGACUUAUGCUGCAUUUACUGCCGUACAUCCAACUAGAUCUGAGUCAUCAGAAUCUUCACCAGAGUCAUAACUCUCUGUUGAUUCUCCGUUGAUGGGACUCGCGGUUACUUGGAAAGGGAAAUUUUUCAAUGUGGCUCCUGAAUUGAAUAAAGAUUUUUACCGGUGUAAGAAUCAAAUCACUGUUUAGUCCUUUGUGUCAAGUACACCAAAGCCGCUGUGAUCACUGUAUACUGAGUUUCCCUGAAGCGUCACUCAUGCUGUUUUUAUCAACAUUGGGGAGUACAUCUAUGCUCAAGAUGGAGCUCUUGCUAACUCUCGCACAAAAAGUUGGAGUGUCUGUCUUUUCCCUCGUUGACCUAUCACUCACUGUCACAACAUUUCUUAGUGAGAACUUCAGCUUCUAUGCCUGAACGACGCCACACUCCAUCUGCCUCGCCUGCUGAGAAGAAGUCCAGAAAAUCCUCAAAGAAAGUUCGCCCUACUGCUGUGGAAGUCUCUCCUGUUCCCGUCACCACAGAUCUGGACCCCGUCUCUACUCUGGUGGCUUCACCUUCACCAAGUCUCAAGACAAGUGAUGUGCCUGACCCUGUCGACACCGGCAUGGCUGAUCUUGACGGUGAUAGCCUCUCUGCAACCCCACAAGAUGAUCUGCCCUCAGAUCCAGAGGUUGCCCCCCGCAAUGUUGAGUUUCCUUUUCAACUCCACCGCUCUAAUCGAAAACACGAAGGCCCAUCUGUCUCCACUCCUGCCUCCGUGUCUAAAGGUCAACAAUCCUCUUCUUCUGAGCCUAUUCCUGAGGAUGACCCUUUGCGUUCUGAAUCCUCUGAUUCAUCUGUGGGCUCUCAACUCUCUGCUGGCAUUUCCAAUUGGUUUCCCACUACUCACAAUGCUAUUCUCAAUCCCACCCAAGCUGAGUUCUUAUGGUGCAUCACUCACGACCUCAAGAUCAAUAUUGGUAAACUGAUUUUCAAUCAGAUUGGUGCGUUAGCCAAUUCCCAAACCGAGCGUGAGCAUCUGCCGUUUCCUUCUCUGAUCUAUCAGCUUCUGAUCAAACAAGGCCUGCCCACUCGUGAUGCGACUCUGUUGGAUCCUCCUGGCCGUCCAAUCACUAUCCAUGGACCAGCUUCUUAAGACUUUGGCACAGUCUGGUCAGAAAGGGGGAGUAGCAACAACUCCAGAUGCAACUCCGCAUGCCCCAGCAAAAACUUCAAUGAUGAAGCAGCAGUCCACAACCGCAAGGCAAAGCGUCCAGCAAUUCUCAUGAUAAUGAUCAGCUCUCCGACUAUGAUUAUAGGGAAGUUUUCUUGAAAAACUUUUUUGUUGUCCUUUUUGAA